AUGAAGAUCUGUUAUGAAACAAAGUAUCAACCAAAUGGAAAAAAAAAUAAUCGCCCAAAUUCUAAUUUAUCGGGAGUAUACAUUUUUGGGUUUGAUAUUGGACGAUUGCAUGAAUGUCACUUAGAAACAAUAGGUGCUCCUAUUACAUUAGUUAACAAAAGAAAAAGGCCUCUAAUAAUGAUUCAAACUAUCUCAGGGCAAAAUAAAAGAUUUGCAUCUUUAGGCAGAGAAUCUGAAAAGGCAAUUAGAUCUUUGAUUAAAAAACAUCAAUUGACUGAUGAAACUAAUCAACAAAUUAUUCAUAUUCAUAAAAUUAAAUUGGAUUUUAAUGGUAAAAGUAUUAUUUUAACUUACAAUCUACUUGAUAAUAAAAAUGAACUUACAAAAAUAGAUGCUAUUGUUAGAGCUUGUAAUGAAUCAUUGUUAGCACGUGAUGGAUAUCGGCAGCUUGCUGCAGUUGAAGCAUUUCUUAUACGUGAAUAUUUGAUAGCUAAUUGUAGGGUUGAAAUUACAAAUCUUAUUAAUAAAGAUCUUAGAAUUGGAACAUUUAACAUCAAUAAAAGUGAUAAUGAUCUGUUAAAUCAUUUAGAAUCUGAUGAUGGUAUAAUAGUUGAUGAGGCAGAAAUUGGAAAUGGUGCAUACAGGUCAAUUUACACGAUUUUACAAACUUUAAUACCAUUAUGGAAAGAAUCAUCUCCUGCAAUCAUCAAUUCUGGUGAUAUACUUAAACUUAAGCUUGGUGGAGAUGGUCGCAAUGUUGGUCGUAAGCAAAGCCAUGUAAUGAUGACGAUUUGUCUUUUAAAUGAAGGAGAAGAAGUCUUAAAACCUGAACAUCAAUACUGCAUUUGUCUUUAUGUUGGACGAGAAAAAUAUGAUGACCUUGCUAAGAUAGGAAAAUUAUUUCAACAUCAGCUUCUUGAUCUCCAAAAUAACGGAAUAUAUGAUAAAGAUGGGAAUCAUUGGCCAGUGGAAUUGUUUUUUUCUGGUGACUGGAAGUUUAUGUAUAUAAUAAUGGGAUUGAACGCCCCAAAUUCGAAGUAUUUUUGUUUAUAUUGUAACUGUCAAUCUGAGUUACGCUGGGAUAUGGAACAAAAUUUUGAAAAUUCAGGAAAUCAUGCCUGUAAUGUUAAAGGUGAAAAUAGAAAACCAGCAUUAUUUCCUGCAAUAAAUCAAGAAAAUUAUAUUCCUGACGAAUUACAUCUACUUUUGCGCAUUGUUGAUGUUUUGAUGGAAUGCUUUUUUAAUGAUGUAAUUAAAAAAAAAGAGUUUGAAAAAAAAAUUAAAUUAGAGAUUGAACAAGCAAUGCAAAACAUUAAAGUUCAUUUUGAGUUUUUCAAGUCAAGAUCUACUAGUGGAAAGUGGGAUUGGACUUCUUUAAUGGGUCCUGAUAAAAAGAAAGUAUUGGAACAUUUUCCAAUUUCUCAAUUUAUUUCUGGCACUUGUGAACAAGAAAUUGAAAAACUAUGGAAGGAAUUUCUCCGGCUUUAUAAAGUUUUAAGAAAACCUUUUCUUUCAGACCAAGAAAUUGAUGCGUUUGAAAUUGAUGCCAAACAAUGGAUCCGUACUUUUUAUUGUGCAACUGAAGGACGUCCCAAUUCAAUAUCACAUAAACCUGGAUUAUAUCGCAAACAAGAUGUAACCCCUUAUAUGCAUGUUUUCGCACAACACAUGCAUCAAUUUAUGCGCCAAUUAAAGAUGAAAAACUUAUCAUUACGAUAUUUUUCUACUUCUAGUAUUGAAAGAAAAAAUCACGAUCAGGUUCGGUUAUUUUUUUGUGGUACCACUAUGGGUGGUGGAAUUGAAAAAAAAUCGGUAGUAUAUAAUAUUAUAUCUUUUAAAAAUCGUCAACUUUAUUACUUAGUUAACAAAACUCCUAAAGAAAUUAAUGCUAGGAAUAUUGAUUCUAACAAAAAAGUAAAUUAA